CGGACGGCACCGAGCGCAACCGAGCGCUGUAGCAGGCGAAUCGUGAUCAUUCGCGAAUUUUCUAGAUCGUCGCCUUUUUCUGGUGGGAUUUGUAGCGGUCAGUAUACUUACUGGUGCGUCAGGUGUCUCGACGUAUACAACUUUACGUCGCAUAUUUAUAUCGGAAUACGGGUGUGAGACAUGGCGAAAUGGGGUGAAGGAGACCCACGUUGGAUCGUCGAGGAGAGGCCUGAUGCCACUAACGUUAAUAAUUGGCAUUGGACAGAAAAGAAUGCAUCACAGUGGUCCAAAGACAAAUUAACCGAGCUCUUCACGGGUUUAGAGAUCAAAGCUCCUAACGGCUCCUGUAAAGUACUGGAAGUUAGCAAAUGUGAAGGUGAAGCCGUCGCAAACAACAGGAAAGCGAAGUUGAUAUUUUUUUACGAAUGGUCGCUGGAAUUAAAAUGGGAAGGGGAAAUAGACGACGACGACGAAACCGUGCAGGGCAAGGUGGAAAUCCCGAAUUUGAGCGAAGAGCAUGACCCGUCUGAUGUUGAUGUAACUGUCACUGUUCAAGGGAAUAGUAAAACAGCCGAUACACUCAAGGAAAUGAUGAGAAAACAGGGAACGGAGGUCAUUCGCAGUCAGCUUGAGAAAUACAUUUCGGGCUUAAAGAAAGAAUUUUCUCAAGGUAUGAUUCUUCCGACGAAGAAUACAACUGCCAACCAGGAGUCAUCUGUGGGGAAGACAACUUUAAACAUAAAAAAAGACCAGAUUAUCAAUGGCAUGUCGGGUGACAGGAGAGACGCAGGUGUGAAACUGGAUGUGUCGAUGAUAAACCUCAAGGAAUCAUUCAAGUGCACCGCGCAAGAACUCUACCGGGCCCUCACAGUACCAGAGAUGGUGCAAGCAUUCACCCUGAGCCAGUGCAAGAUUGAAGCCGAAAAAGGAGGCAGAUUCGAGCUCUUUGGAGGAAACGUCUCUGGUACCUUCACAGAGCUGGUGCCGGAUGAAAAGAUUUGCAUGCAGUGGAGAUUUCGUGGUUGGCCCGACGGACACUUCUCACAGGUCACGAUCAAGAUAACGCAGAAGAGCGACUGCACGGAUCUGGAGCUAAUGCAGAUUGGGGUGCCACGUUCGGAGGCUGAGAGGACGGAGGACGGGUGGCGCCGCCACUACUGGGAGAGCAUGAAGCGAGUCUUUGGUUUCGGUGUCUCACUCUACUGAGGACCAUCCGUAUCUGCCCGUUAAUUUCACCCGACUUUCCCGUCACACACUGCACACGUUAUCUGCAUGUACGGAUCGGCAGAGAUUUACUAGCAGUUGCUGCAUGGAACUGAAUUUGUGGUAAAUUAACUGCUUUAGAGGCAUUCAUUUUCAAAGAGCCAGCAUUUGAAGAAAAGCCAAUUUUAACUUCUGAACCUUGGCCCACAACCUUAAGAACCCACAAAGUGAAUGUGGGGGUGCUCUUUGCUUUCAUCACCAUUUGUAGAAAACUUGGCUUGCUUGCAGCACUGAAAUGCUGACCUGAAUAAGCUGUAUUGUGCGUUGUCUAUAUUUAAAAGCCUUUUGGGUCGUACUUCGUGUAACACACAGGCAAGUACAUCUGCCACCCUGCAGUGUGUGAGAAAACUAUUCUCCUUCCAUUGUACAUAUUACUUUUGUGACCCUUAACCAUAAACUGCGAUUUUGUACAGAGAUUUUCCUGUCCUCCACCUUCUGUACACCUCUGCCUUUAUUUUGAAACCAUAGAUUGUUUCACAUCCUCAACUGAAUGAACUCAACUGAAAUGAACAAUGGUGGUUUCCA